AUGCCUCCAUCGUCACUAUUCUCAUGUCUCAAUCCGCAAUCUUUUCGAGUAAGGUGGAGUACACACUCACAGAACAACAAUACAUCCAGCCCACUGAACCAUGACCGUAACCAGUCACACAUUACAACGCGUUUCCUUCGGCGGCGGCGCAAGUGUGGCAGAUUUCUCCGAAUUCUUCUAUGGCUAAUCAAUGCCUGCGCUCUGUUCAUCAUCAUAUCACUCUUACACGGCCUCCUCCGACCGUCCUAUGUGCAGCCACCUCAGCACUACCUGGACCUCAAGAAGCGAACUGAUGAACUUUCUGCCAAAGAUGGCCAAGGGAAUGUACAUAACGAGAAGGUCUUCAUCGCUGCCAACAUCAUCAACGAAGAGCUCAUUCGGGGGCCCUGGGGCGAGAGCUUAGUUCAGCUAGUCCAUCUCCUUGGACAAGAUAAUGUGUUCGUUAGCGUCUAUGAAAACGAUGCUGGGAAGGAAACAGCUUCAGCACUUCGCGAUUUGAACCGUAGGUUAGGAUGUAAUACAUCAAUUGUAGCAGGCGACCACAUAACCCUCUCGAACUUUCCCACCGUCACGACACCCUCUGGCGGGCAACGCGUCAAGCGCCUCAAAUACCUCGCCGAGGUUCGCAAUCGUGCCCUACUACCUCUUCAAUCUGGAUCCCACGUCGACGCCUGGGAAGCCACACGUCCAACAUUUCGACGUGCGGAGAGAACAUUUGACAAAGUCCUCUUCCUCAACGACGUCUACUUCAACCCUAUCGAAGCAGCCCAGUUGCUCUUCUCCACAAAUGUAGGCCCUAGUGGACGAGCUGAAUACAGCGCAGCUUGUGCAAUUGACUUCGUCGCAAAAGUAAUGUUCUACGACACGUUCGUUGUCCACGACAUGGAGGGCUACGGUAUGGGCUUAAUGUUCUAUCCUUGGUUCCCCGCAACCGGCGAGCAGCAAAGCCGCAACGACGUACUCGCUCUUAAAGACGCGGUGCGGGUACGCAGCUGUUGGGGCGGCAUGGCUGCCUUCGAUGCCGAGAUCUUCCUACCCAGGGUCCUAGAGAACAACGACACGAUUCCAGCGCUACAGUUCCGAUCGAUCGAUGAGCCGUACUGGGAGGAAGCAGAAUGCUGUCUUCUCUUCGCUGACAUGGAAGUCCGACGCGCAAUGUUGCACGAACAAGGCAAAGGCGUCUUCGUAAAUCCAUACAUCCGUGUCGCAUAUAACCAGAGAACAUGGGAUUGGUUGCCGUUCUUCCGACGGUAUGAGAGGAUAUUUCAGUUCUUGCAAUAUAUUGUUAGCAAGAUUGGGUAUCCCGAGUAUAACCCUAGGAGGGAGCAUGCAGCGGGCGCGAGAGUGGAAGAGAGGGUUUGGAUACCAGAAGGGGAGAGCGGAAAAGGGCGUUGGGAGAAUGUUGAGAGGAAUGCGGAUGCUGGGGGUUGGUGUGGGCAGAGGAGGAUGUUUGUGAUGAAGGAGAAUUUAGCGAAGGCGAAUGAGAAUGGUUCGGGGAAGAAUUGGGAGAAGAUUAAGGUUCCGUGGGGCGUGUAG